UCUGAUCUUUCCAAAUCUCGCACGGGAUCUGCUCCCGCGCAACGUGCGGGCCAUGUGCCCGCCCGGCCAGUCCGCCGCCGCUCGCCGCGCCGCCAUGCCGCGUGCCACGCUCAUGCUGCUACUGUGCGCUCUUGCGCGCGCCACCAUCAUCGCCGAUCAGCCCACCCUCUCCGACCGUCUCCAAAAACUUUACGAAAAACUCGACAAUUUCUCUCUGAAAACAACCGAACCGUCUCCUGACCGUAUAGGGAAGCUGUACGAGAAUCCAGUAAAAACCUCUCCAAGCACUCAACGGAUCGAUAAGUUGUACGAAAAGCUGGACCGCCUGAAUUCUUUGACGCCGGACGAAAGUAAUCAGAAGUAUCUGUCGGAUGACGAUGAGGAGCUGUUGGAUGCUCUGCAGGAGUGGGGGAUGCUGGACGACGACAUCGGCGCAGAAGCGAGAUACCUGCAACGGCUCAAGUCUGAAGACGGAGACUAUGACGAUGAGGAUAUAGACAUGGAAGAUGACUACGCCAUGGACGACGGUGAAGACCUCGAACCGGAUGACCGGGAGGGCACCACCGCCAAGACCGUGAGGUUCCCAACCCCGUCGGCUCUGAACCGCCUGGAGAGGCUUGGGACUGCCUUUUCAGCCUUGUCUGUAGUGGGCGACACCAGGUCUCUGGCCAGAGAAGGUCCUCAGAUUGUAGAGUUGGAAAAUGUGGUGUCGGCGGUAGACAGCAUAGCCGCUACCAAGGAGAGACCCAGGAUUUUAGACGAUACAUCGCUGACGAAACAAGAGCAAGCGGGCGUAGCGCGAGCGGCACGCGCGUAUUUGUCGGCAAUGGUGCCUCGCGGCAAGUGCAUCACGCCGCAGCCUCGGUGGUUGUCCGUGCGGCACAUGGCCCCCGCAUCUGACACCCUAUACCGGCCAACCUGCGUGCUGCUCCACCGCUGCGCCGCCGACACGGGCUGCUGCCAUAAUGAGGAGCAGGUCUGCGCGCCCGUCGAGGGCCAGUACGUCAUUAUCCCCCUAUACUUAAGAAAACCAAGUGGGCUCAUGGUAGCGCGCAUGCAGUUCUUCAACCACACCCGUUGCGCCUGCGUCUCUCAAGAGACAUUGCAGACUGUCCCACGAGCACCUCGUCGGCACUUUCAAGACACCCACAGUCAGGGCCAGGAGAACCAUAAUCUUAAUCAGGAGAAUACCAUCCAGGACAGCCAAGACAAGCGCCAGGUUGGACCGCUAGAAGCGAGAGAAAGACGGGAAGAGGUGGAGAGCACUAGUGCGAGCGCGAGCCAGAGCGAUUGGCCCACGCAAGAGCCUAAGCAGGAAAGCGAGACUGCUGCGCCACCACAGCUUAAAAGAUGCACCUGCCCGACGUUAUUCCUGGCGCGCGCGUCCGACGCCGGCUGCGUCUGCGUGUGUGACUGGAAGGACCUGCAGCGCCGGCGCGACUGCAUUUCACUCUCCCGCGGACGCGAGCACUUCGGUUUGCGAGACCGGGUGUGCGUGGGCACUGGCGAUUGCAACCCGCCCACUUGCGAAUACGGCGCGUAUGAGAGGAACUUUGGAAGGUGCCCCCUUAAGAGGUUUAGGAGGAGAUUUAAGCCUGGGAAGUACUUGGACAGAACUUUGACGGGAAGUUAGGUUAUUCAUUAUUAUUAUUGAGUUUUUUCAAGUGUCC